AUGUUUAAUCUGACGUCCUCUAUUCCUAUUGUACGUCAGCCAUCUGACCAUCCAAUACCACCCCAUGGUGAUUUCACUACAGGUGGAGAACCUGUUGGAAGUGGAUUACCUGUAAUAGAACCUCCUAUUGAUGAGGAAUCACAGAGACCAAUUUGGCAAAGUGUCUUAGCUGGUGGUAUAGGAGGUGCCAUUGGUGAUUCUGUAAUGCAUUCUUUGGACACUGUCAAAACAAGACAACAAGGUGCACCUAACGUUUUGAAAUAUAGAAACAUGUGGGGUGCUUAUAGAUCUAUCUUUAUAGAAGAAGGGCUGAUGAGAGGCCUUUAUGGUGGAUAUUUUGCUGCAAUGGUAGGAUCCUUCCCCAGUGCAGCUAUAUUUUUUGGUACUUACGAAUUCUCCAAGAGGAAAAUGAUAUAUGAAUGGGGGGUCAACGAAACCACCACAUAUCUAAUAUCUGGUUUAUUAGGUGAUUUAGUUUCCAGUAUCGUAUACGUACCUUCAGAAGUGCUAAAAACCAGACUACAAUUGCAAGGAAGAUACAAUAAUACGUAUUUUGAUUCCGGAUACAAUUAUCGAAACUUAAGAGAUGCUAUUAAAACGAUAGUCAAGACGGAGGGGUUCAGUACUCUAUUUUUUGGUUACAAAGCAACGCUAGCUAGAGAUCUCCCAUUCAGUGCCUUACAAUUUGCAUUUUAUGAAAAAUUUAGACAAUUAGCAUUCAAUAUCGAAAAUAAAAACAUCAAAGAAGAUGCCCUUUCAAUCACUAGUGAAAUUUUAACAGGUGCAAGCGCCGGUGGUUUAGCAGGGAUAAUAACCACACCACUAGACGUAGUGAAAACAAGAGUCCAAACACAACAGUCCUACAAGGGAGAACUGCGAGUCAUAGAUCUCAAUGCCACUACACAAUCGAAACCGUCGACUUUAACCAAUUCAAUGAUCCAAAGUUUACGAACUGUAUAUAGAACUGAAGGUAUCACGGGUUAUUUCAGCGGAGUGGGACCUAGAUUCAUUUGGACCAGUGUCCAAAGUAGUAUCAUGCUAUUACUAUAUCAAGUAUUGCUUCGAGGAAUAGACAAUUCUUUUGGUGUUUCGCAACCUGAAUUGGAAUAA